ACACACACACACACACACAGCACUUCUAUGUUUGUCAGACUCAAAUCCGAGGGAGCGGAGCUAGCCGCCAUUUUCUAAGCGUCUCUCCCUAAAACGAGAGAAAAAGCCCCGCGACAAAUUGCCAUCUGGAUUACCUUUCGCUUAUUGAGAAUCGGAAUUUUUGGUAAAGGAUUACCGCGAAAUCGCCUACAAUUGAAGUAUUUUGGAGUAGAAAGGACCGUUUCACGGCCUUGCCUUAUCUUCGCUCGUAGCGGCGAGGCGAGCUAGCUGGCGAGCGAGCGAGCAAGGUGUAGAUCGUUGAUUCGCCCAUUGCCUGAAUCCGGAACGAACCCGAGCGGCUCUGUGAAACCGGGCCUCUUUUCGGCGAUCUGGCAGCAUUUUUGGAUUAAUUAAUGGCAGAGUGAUCGAAUCGAACCGCCCUUUUUUGUGUUAGUACCCUUGGUUUUUUCCACUAAAACUGCAGGGGAUUGUUGCCGAAAUUCCCUCGGAUAGUGCAACCUCGUCACGUGGCUGUCCUCAGGUGGGGCAGUAAGCGGGUGGUGUGGAGCAGGCCGCGGUGCCCGUCCCUCUGCACUGCAUGGCUGCGAUGGCGCCCGCUCUCACCGACGCCCCAGCCGAAGCUCACCACAUCCGCUUCAAACUGGCUGCCCCAUCCUCAAGUCUCUCACCGGCCAGUGCAGAGAACAACGGUAACGCCAGCAACAUCCUCAUCCAUAGCAGCGGCCCAGCUAAGUGCAAGGCCGCCCCCGAAGAGUGCCCUCUUGACUUUUGUGGCAGCGACCAGGAACAACAGCAGCAGCAGCCCCAAGCCGACUCUGUGGCCCAGGCCUCGGCCCUGGGCAAGCUCCAGCCACUGGUGGCUUCUUACCUAUGCUCUGAUGUGACACCUGUCCCUUCAACUAAGGAGUCAAUCAAGCUGCAAGGAGUCCUCAUCAAACAAUCUGUGUUGAAAAGCCACAGAAUACUGCCCAGUUCCCUGCUUAACGGUGGAGGAGACUUCCUGCUGAGGAAGAGGCAGGCGAUUGAACUCUCUGGCAGCCAGCUCAAAAGCUUCAUGAGUGGCAGCACCAACGGAGGUGGCCAGCCCAUGGCACCUGUUAACGGCCUGGCCAAAAAGCUGGCCUCUAUGUCCGGCUCUGGCUGUGUAGUGGCAGUGAAUGGUGACAAACCUUCUGCCACUACAGACUCUCAGUCUCAGAACCUGCCCUUGGACUCUGAGACCUUGACAGCUACUUUAUCUGGGCAUAUCCCGGUGAAAGGAACCCUUAAACAGAAGCAUUCCUCUGGGGUUUCUCAAAAUACAGAUGGAAAAAUUGAACCACCAGUGCUUCAGUCUGCUGCACUUUCCCCCUUUACCCACGACAACCCUAACCCCACUGAACAAGUGAAUUUGGAGGAGACAGAUUCACGCACGCCUACCAGUCAGCCACAGGGCUCUGAUAGGGAGAAACCAGGCAGCAGCCAGCAGGGCUCCCCGUCUUGCACACCUGCACCACAGCUUCCUCUGCCCUGUAGUUCUUCCUCGGACAGCCUUGAUGCUCAUGUCAAGGAACGCACCCUCCUCAACAGCAACCGCCAAGCCGAGAUUGAAAGCCGGCUUCGGCGCCUGCGCAAACGUCUUCAGGUGGUACAGGCCAAGCAGGUGGAGCGGCACAUUCAGCAGCAGCUGGGAGGCUUCUUGGACUCGGCUCUCAACCGGCUACUGGCUGGUAACCGCAAAUCGGAGACAGCGGCCCCCACAACCACAUGGAGGACUGGGCGCCACUCUUCGUCAAAUAACAGAGACGGCCUCAGUCGCUUCUUGAAAAGUGGCUCCAUGCCGUUGGAACUGGAGAGGCUGUAUCUGAGCGGAUCGGCCAACCUUCAUUCAGCAGAAAGCGCCUUUGACUCAGAUGUAACAGAAAGUAGCUCGGGAGGGGACUCUGACCUGGAGGAGGAGGAGUUGGCCAGAGUGGACAUUGAGCAGCGGCAUGUCAAAAUAUGGAAGCGGGCAGAGAGCCGCUACACGGUGGAGAGAGCUGCUAUCAUCAGCCACUGGAACUGGCUCCAGGCCCACAUCUCGGACUUGGAGUACCGCAUCCGACAGCAAACCGACAUCUACAGACAGAUCCGCGCCAGCAAGGGCUCAGUAGAGCUGGGAGGUGUUGCCCCCAGCGCAGUGCCUGCUCCUGGGGCAGAAGUGAAAGCAGAGCCUGUCAGUACUCAGGAUGUCGGCUCAGAACGGCUAGAGCACACAGGCCCCGCCCACGUCACCAACGCAGAUGCCGCCCCCUGGAAAGGUCAAAACGGACAGCCAGUCAACGGUGUCCUCAGCAGGAUGGCAGAAAGUGGUGACACCAAGCACCAGCAGCCAUUGGCCUACGACAGCACGUGUGUGGCUGCAAGGACACGACCACUAGUCGGCUGUCGACGACGGCGGCUCAUUCAGCCCAACACUGUGCCCAACCUUAAUGGCAAGGCCCAGAGAAGCAGCUGUAUUCAGUGUAACUGCAGGGUUAACCCCAGCUGUGUGAUGUGUGGUGGCUGGCCCACCCCCAGAGAAGACCCCCAGUAUGAGCUGCCCACCCUGGAGCGCCUGUCAAGACUGGAUCUUGGCGUCCACCCCAUCCUCUCCUUUCCUGACGACGUUUGUAUAGGCCUACGUCUGCAGCAGGUGAUGAAGAGCCAGUGGCAGAACAAGUCACUGGAGAGAAGCAAACCACUGAAGAAGCUCUCCCUCAAACACAAGCUUUCCUCGUCCAAAGAGAAGCACAAGUUCACCAACUCACUCAUGGCAGUCAGACUGGGCCACUAUAAAAACCGCGCUGAGAAGCCGAGGACCAUGGACGGUGGUGUGAGCAGCGGCAGCGGCAGCAGUGGUGCUGUGCUAAACACAGCCAGGCUCGAGGGCCAGGCCGUGUGCAAGACUGAGCGGCUGCAGGCCCUCUCCACCCCCUUAGGGCCCUUCGACAAAAACUACAGCCGCAAGAGAUUAAGAGAGCCCUCGCUGGAUAGAGCUGACACCUCCCCUAAACUGUUCUUGGACUCGAGCAGCCCUUGCCCAACUGUAGCCAACAUGCACUCGUCCCUUCACAGCCCCCUGACGCGCCAGCUGUCCACAUCCUCAGAGAACUCCACACCACUGGGGCCCGGCAGCCAGAGCGUCCCGAGCACACCUCAGCAGCCCAUCAAGAGGAGGCGAGGCGAGAGCUCCUUUGACAUCAACAACAUAGUGAUCCCCAUGUCUGUGGCUGCCACCACCAGAGUGGAGAAGCUGCAGUACAAAGAGAUUCUCACACCCAGUUGGCGAGUAGUGGACAUUUUCUCCCAGCCCAUAACUGAAGAGGAGGAUGAACGGGAGGUGGAGGACCUGACAGAUGCAGCCUUCAUCCAGCUCCAUCAGCCGUAUGAGGAUCAGGAGCGAGCCCGCUGGACUUGGAUGGCCUUGGCUCCGGCUAAGAGGAGAGGCAGCAGGUCGUACAAAUCCGUCGAUGGACGGACCACGCCGCUGCUGUGCGGGACCAACCCUCCCACCCCUCAGCCCGCGUCCCCGGACCCGGGCCACUGCCCCAUGCUGCACGACUACAGCCACGUGCCAUCGCCCAUGAGCCCGGCCAGCCCCGACACCGCCUCCAACCCCCAUACGCCCUGCUCCAGGGACUCCCAUCGGCUGCUGUCCAGCGAGGACACGAGGUGCUCGACACCGGACUUCACCUUUGAAGAACGGACGGUAGCACCGUGGGAGCGUCGUAGCUUCCCCUUGCCAGAAGACCCAGCCCCGGAGCCCGAGGCCGAGAGCGACCACCACAUCAGGCCCAGAAUGCGCAGCAUCUCAGGUUGCCGAGCAACAGCCUACGGACGUCUGGAUUCGGACGACAUGGAUCUGCCUUGUGAUGACGAGAGCGCCCCCAAACACAAGGCUUCCACCCACCGAUGAAUGACUGACUGAGGCUGAGGUCGCCCGGCCCCUCUCCUCCUCCUCUCCCCCCCUUGAAACGCACCCCACCCCUCCCCCUCCUCUCUGGCAUUAACAAGCAGAACCUCAAAGCAGAAUAAGAUAUUAAAUGGGUUCCUGUUGUUUGAUAUUCAAACAUCAGUCUAAUACUUUUCACAGUUUUUAGUGAACAUUAUGGAGAUAGAAGCCUUUCCCUACACUUGUUUUUGUCACAGGAAAAAAGGAUAAAUGUAAAAAAAAAAAAAAAAAAAAAAAAAAAAGUAUAAAACUACACGUUACAAAAAAGAUUUCUGUAGUAGGCUAAACAAUGUACAUGGGGGCUUAGUGGUGUUUCAUAUGUCGCGUGUACACUUGUAGCGCACUAUGUAGCGGACUCCUCAAAAUAUGGCCAAAGGGUGUUUUCUAUUGACUAGUUUGCUUGUAAUUCCCAUGUACAUUUUUAGUGGAGUGACAAAUAACAAAACAAGAAAAAAUACCCCCCCCCACCCCACCAUCAUCCAAAUAAACAGGUACAUUUGAGAUGUGGCCCCUCCCCUCUCCUUUCUUCUCCCCCUAGAGGUCGCCUGAAAUCACCAGAGCACUUCUCCAACUGCCAAGUCUAGUUUUGUUGGUUUGCUUUUUCUUUGUUUGUUUUUCAUUCCUGACAUGUUUUAUUUGUAUUUGUUCCGUCUGUUCCAGAGUAACAACACAUUCUUUGUGUGUUUUCUUCUUUUUUAGUUAAAUCAUUCCUUUACCGUCUUUUUUUUUUGUGUGUGUUUGGAGAGUGUCCAGCUCCCAUCUCACCCUCCUCAGUCUCUCUCUUUUUUUUUUUAAAAACUCUGUUCUGUAUCAGAGGGUUGACGGUAUAUAACAGGACUGGGGCGUUUCUUUUUCAAGCACUUGCCCCUUACGGAAAAGUGCUGCUGCAUGCUGAGAAACAUGCUAACGUUAGUCUUAUCACAACAGCACACGGUAAAGAUUUCCACUUAUUAAAAAAAAAAAGGAAUAAAUCACGGGGAUAAUUCGCACCAUCUGCUAAUCUUUUUUUCUCCUCAAUUGUUGCUGUAUUACAACAAGUCAAAUUGUGGCAAAAUAUAGACGUAACACAAUUACCCCCCCCUCCGCUCCCACCUCCCUUUUUUUCUGGUUCAGUUUUCAAAUGUAGCAGCUCUCAGCUAGAAUCUCUCCCCACCCUGACCCCUUCCCUUCCUGAGCUCAGGUUCUUCAAUUUAAGGGAAUAUUUUCUGCUGUUUUAAAUAAUUUCUCUAUCAAAUUGAUCAGAUCCAAACUGUCAUUGCAAGGAUUUUGUUUUUACCACCCUGCAAAUGUCCACAUAACCACCACACUCUCACCCUCUCCCCUCCCCUUCUCCUCCCCUCCUGCCCCGACCCUAAUUGCUAUGCAAAAAAAAAAAAAAAAAAAUCUAUGGUUGUUUUCAUUUUACACCUUUUUAUGCCACAGCCAUUCAAUCACUGUUGUUUUUUUUUCUUUUGUAGUUAAGCAAGAUGUCGAUGUACCUGUUCGAUUGUUGCAGCAGUUAACCUAAUCAAAAAGCAGAAUUGUUUUUUCUUUUUUGUAAAUAGUACCAUUAAAACAUUUAUGUUUAACUUGG